AUGGCCUAUAAACGCUCUCGCAGGUCAUUCGAAGACGACCUCCAGAAGCAAGAAUCUCCCUUCGUCCUCUAUGGCACGCCGUUGCCCCCACUAGACGAACACACUCGUGACGACGGAUCUUUCGUUCCGAUUUGGAAGCAAGAGGUCACCGACGAGAGGGGGAGAAAACGCUUGCACGGCGCCUUUACUGGAGGUUUCAGCGCCGGAUAUUUCAAUACGGUAGGCUCUAAGGAAGGUUGGUCCCCUUCUACCUUUGUAUCCUCCCGGCAGAAUCGCGCCAAAGAUGUCAAAAAUGCGCCCCAGCAGAGACCGGAGGAUUUCAUGGACGCAGAAGACCUGCAGGAAGCCGAAGAAUCACGCACCUUACAAACCUCGAAUGACUUUGCCGGUUUUGGUACUCAGGACGACUCAAUGCGUAAAUCCGCCGCCAUCGAUCUUUUUCGACCCUCAGAACAAACAAGAGGAGUCAAGCUUCUGAUGCGCAUGGGUUGGAAGGAAGGUCAAGGGAUUGGUCCUCGAGUUCGUCGAGCUGCAGAUCUGGGGGAUGAUGGGGACCAACCUGGGGAUCUGCAUCUCUUUGCACCUGCAGACGUAAGCCUAGUCUCCUACUCUCGUAGGACAGGCCGUAAGGGACUCGGCUACAAGGACGAGCUACCAGAGAAAACGAACGUGGUCGAACGUUCUUCUAAGCCCGAGAUGAGCAUUUCAAGGCGAGCAGAGUCAUCAGACGAAGAGAACAAUGGACCCAACCUUUUCAGAGAGAAGAAGUCUGCGACGCAAAGGGGCAAGACAGGGUUUGGUGUAGGUGUUCUCAACGAUGAUGAUCCUGACGAUGACGAUCCCUACUCAAUAGGCCCGAAAAUCUCCUACAAUCGAGUUAUUGGUGGUGAUAAGAAGGCCAAAGGCAAAACAAAGUCUAGGAUCGGUACGGCCAAUCCAAUGCUGAAAAGCAAACCCACGUUCGUUUCAAAGAAGCUCAAUUCCCUGAAAAACGUCUUGAGGAGAUGCCAUGAUGGUCGAUUGCCGCCGGAUGGAUUCACUCUAGCUGAUGAGUUGGACGGAUUUGGUACAAUGAGCAUCAAUGAUGAAAAGUACCGGCCUCAACAAGUGCCCUCAGCCUGGCAAUCCUCUGUUUCGCCUGAUACAUCCGAAUCCAACACGGCUUUCACUUCAACAGCCGAUGCUGCCAAGGCGUCAACUAUGACUUCAAAGAGUCGAGCUGCACUACUGGGCGAACUUCAACUGCCCGGAAAAUCAAUAUUCGAUUUUAUGACUCCUGCAGCAAGAGAUCGCCUUGCUUCAGCAUCUGGUCGGGACAACCUUCCUUCCGCAAAGGGUGAACUAGCUCCAACUGGGAAUGAACAUCAUGCAUCGGCAGCAGACACUGUGACCAACCUUGUACCGAAACUGGAACGAGAUGUAGCACUCCAAGCUCUCAACCGCGGGGCAGGCGGUUGGAUGCCAUAUUCAGAAGAUGAAGACAAACGUCAACGUUAUCGAGCAUAUCUUGAAAUUCAAGCCGGGUUGCUUCAGGGACAAGAUGGAAAGGAAAUUCCACCCAAGGCGGAGGGAAUGAGACAAGAAGAUUGGGUGAUAGAGAUGCAAGAGUUUGCGCGUGCGGCGCAUGUCUUCAAACCAAUUUCUGGGCUCAUGGCCAGUCGCUUCACGUCAUCAACAACUGUCCCACAGAGUCAAAAUGGGGAGGCGUCUGAUUCUCCUCUCAACAGGCCGCGGGUCAAAGCAGAGGAUCCAGCAGAGACAGCAGCUAAAAUGGGCAUGUUCGGACCCAUGACUCGACUGUUCUCCAAUUUCUAUCCCACCAGGCUGGUCUGCAAGAGAUUCAGCCUCCCACCACCCGAUCAUGCUGCCCCGGCGCCCUCGACAGGUGAUGGGGAUGCUCCAUUUCCCUCGACCUCAUUGGCUAGCUCAAUGCAGUUCAAAUCAUUUGCAUCAGCAGGUUUUCAACAAGAUCUAUCUAAGGAAGCUUCUCAUACUCCGCAGAGCAGUGGUGACGUUGAGCCAGAACCAUUGAAACCAGCGGCCGACGGACCUAAAACUACUGAGCCGUUAACCGUGAUGGAUCCAGAUCGAAACGAAGCCUUGGAGCAAGAUAGACCUGGAAUGUCGGUCUUCAAGGCUAUCUUCGGCAGUGAUGAUGAAGACGACUAG